CUUACCAAUACCGCCAAUAUCACCAAUACCACUAAUAUCACCAAUACACCAAUACACCAAUACCACCAAUAUCACCAAUAUCACCAAUACCACUACUACCACCAAUACACCAAUAUUACCAAUAUCACCAAUGGUGGGUGGUGAUUGGUGA